AUGCCGGGAAAUGUAGUUCGCGGCCGGCCCGAGGCAGCACUAGCCUUCCUCGAGCUGGGCUUGCGCCCCAGGCCUGAGGCCCAUCGGCGGGGACGGGGAGUUAGCUGCCGGCGCAGCCCCGGACGCCUCUUCCCCUGGCCUCGCGCCACUGUCUUGCUCUCUUCGUGGGACUUCAGCCAUGUCCCGCCGACUAGUGUCCCCGGCCCCGGGGCCGCACCCAGCCCACAAGCUCUGCGGGCUCCGAGCUGCGUAGCCGUCGCCGCAUAUACACCAUCCGCCCUGCGGGGCAGGUGCACGGCUCAGCCGCAGGGCCGUGGGCCGUCACCCACGGCACCAGGGCACACCCGUGGCCCUCCCUGCGGAGCCGGCGGGCACUCGGGCACGUCUCCCUCGUCAGGCCAGCGGGACCACCUGCGCGGGGCCCAGAGCGCCAUUGUUGUGAAUGGAGGCUGCAGCGUGCUCCUCGGGGACCUUCCUGUCCACUUGUAG